AAAGCUCGGUCGCGGUGCAUGCGCGGUGGCGCUAGUUCGGCAGCGGACAAACAUGGUGGGCCCAACGUUGACUGCGAGAUUGUACUCCCUGCUGUUCCGCAGGACCUCUACCUUUGCCCUCACCAUAGCCGUGGGCGCCCUGUUCUUCGAGCGCGCCUUCGAUCAAGGCGCGGACGCGAUCUACGAACACAUCAACGAAGGGGUGAGGGCCUGGGCCGUCCCUGACCUUGGGCCCCUCUGAGGGGUGACAGUGAGAGUGGAGAAGCUAUGGAAACACAUCAAGCACAAGUAUGAGAACAAGGAGUAGUUCCUCGGAGGCCCCAAUCCAGGCCAGAAGGACCAGGUCCACCCACCAGCUGUUUGCCCAGAGUCAGGGCCUCAGCUUGAAGAUGAAGCUCAUGUCACUCUCCACGGGCCACCUUUAGCUGUUGGCAGGAGAUGACGUCACCUGACAGACUCUUUAACUUCUGCUGUGUUUGAAGUAUGUUUAGUCAGAGUCAUCAACAAAUAAAUAUAAAUUGUCCUUGAGACCUG